GCUUAAUCUUCGGUCCCAUCGCCUCUCGUUUCAUUGAUGUGUGUGUGUGUGUGUGUGUUUUUAUGAAUGAACGGUAGAGGAGGAAAGGGCACGGGAAACUGGACGCGUUGCGAUAGGCUGCUGGUUGGUUGACGUCACCUCCGCCGUGACGCGAUGCACCCAUUCAUAAAAAAAGGAAAAAAGAGAAAGAGUCCUGUGGAGAAAAUACUCGGAGAGGCAGAGAGGAGAAAGAGACAGAGGUGACCGGACUGAGCUUAAGAAGUAGUGCGGUUACAACGAUGAUGUUGAUGAUGAUGACGGUGUUGAUGCGCAGAUAGAGGAGAAGCGCAAGUGGAAUCCACCGCAGGAUCCGUGCGCCUUCUCCGGUUUCCGAGGGGUCCGGUGGUCGGGAGGGGGCUUAGAUAGAGCGAGAGAGGAGAUUUAACGACCGUGAAGCACAGCCUAACAGCCCGAAACGACGUGCCAAUGGAGGAGCUAUGCGAGAUGGACUGCACGGUGCUGAAGCGGCUCCUGAAGGACGACAGUGCCAAGUGCCUGCUGCUGGACUGCCGCUCUUUCCUCGCCUUCAGCGCGGGGCACAUACGGGGCGCCGUCAACGCCCGCUGCAACACCAUCGUCCGCCGCAGGGCGAAGGGCUCCGUGCUGAGCCUGGACCAGAUCCUGGCCGGGGACGAGGAGGUCCGAGUCCGCCUGCGUUCCGGGAUGUACUCCGCCGCAGUGCUGUACGACGAGAGGACGCCGGACUCGGAAACGGUGAAGGAGGACAGCACCUUGACGCUGGUGCUCCACGCGCUGUGCAGGGACUCCUCCGACACGCGCAUAUACCUGCUCAAAGGGGGAUACGACAGAUUUUUCACAGAGUAUCCAGAGUUUUGUUUAAAGGCCAAAUCCUUACCGUCCCUCAUCAGCCAGUCGAGCAUCGACUCUGCCUGCUCGUCGUGUGGAACGCCGCACAAUGACCAGGGUGGCCCGGUUGAGAUCCUCCCCUUCCUUUACCUUGGCAGCGCCCUUCACGCCUCAAAGAAGGAGGUUUUGGAUAGCAUAGGGAUCUCUGCCUUGCUGAACGUGUCGGCUGACUGUCCCAACCACUUCGAGGGGGCUUACCAGUACAAAUGUAUCCCUGUGGAGGACAACCACAAGGAAGACAUCAGCUCCUGGUUCCUGGAGGCUAUCGAGUUCAUAGAUUCAGUACGGGACUCCAGUGGGCGAGUGCUGGUGCACUGUCAAGCAGGCAUCUCCCGCUCUGCCACCAUCUGCCUGGCCUACCUGAUGAAGAGAAAGCGGGUACGUUUGGACGAAGCGUUCGAGUUUGUACGGCGGCGCCGCAGCAUCAUCUCCCCCAACUUCAGCUUCAUGGGCCAACUGCUGCAGUUCGAGUCGCAGCUCCUCGCCACCUCGUGCGCCGCCGAAGCCGCCGCCACGGCAAGCCCGCUGCUCGGACCCAAGACCACGACAACCGCCACCUCAACGGCAGCCACGCCCACCUCGCCGUUCAUUUUCAACUUCCCAGUUUCUGUUGUGAACCCCGCUUACCUGCACCACAGCCCCAUCACGACCUCCCCUGGCUGCUGAUAGACUGCCAAUCCAAGCCUUCCCUCAAUACAAAGCGAGCACAGACUGGGGCUGCCGUUGGUAGUAUGCUUCAGAGCACGGAGGUGAGAAGCGUCAUGGUGCCUGAUUCAGAACUCAAAGACUGAAAACAGUUUUUACAGUUUAAAAACCAGCCAAUGCUCCUUUCAUGUCAUUGACAUUUAUUUAAAUCAACCAAAAAUGAACUGGCUUUUGGGUUCAGAUGGAGUGUUGGACUGAUGUUUACUAAAGAUACAAACUCUUCCUUGGAAAAAAAACAAAAAAAACAACGAAAAAAAACAAAACAAUCACGCCGACCGAGACACACUGACACACAAACCCUGACACAGAGAGGCAUGAACAGCAGCAAAACUGUCUUUCUCUCUCUUUUUCUGCCCCUCUCUCUACGUCUCUCACACACACACGCACACACAUACACAUUCAUGACUGCCAACUGAAUAAGCUCAGUAUGAAGACAGGGUCUGUUGCUAUGGAGACGACAGGUCUUUAGGAGAGGAGAUGGACACAGGAAGGAAGGAAGAAUUUUAAGCACCCGCUCUUUCCCCCUUUGGGUGUCCCUCCUUCUGCCAGACAAAAGAGAUAGAUGAAAAAAAACGAGGGGAGGAGACGGUGAUAGAAAGCAGGAGCCUCUUCAGUGACAGGUGCUCUGCCGGCGUUCCGACCGGAGCUUCCUGUCUUUCAUACGUCCUCUUCCUCUCCCUGUCUCUCCCCCUCCCCACACCUUCCUCUCCUUUCCUUUUCAUCCUUUUAUAUUGCCCACUCCUUCCAUCCUUCUCCUCUCUCAUCUCGCCCUCUCCUGUCUGCCCCCACCCCCCUCAUCCGCCCUUUAUCCUAACACUGGAGAGGCUAAAUAAAUGUAAUAAGAUGCCAAAUAAAUGAAAAAGCCAGGGUCUGUGUAAAUAGACUGGGGAAACCCCUCUACCGGUCCCAUACAUACACGCUUUUUUGGGACAUUUUGUGGCAACAUCUUCCAAAUUUCCUGGAGUCUCCUUUGAGAUCAGAAGGCAGGUUUAGAGCAUAGUGGUUUUGGAAGACAGCCACUUAAAGGGCCAUCGUGGUGGUUUUGUACUUUUUUAAACCAUCAUUUGUCAUGAAUUUUUUACUACUGAUAAUUUUCCAAAACAUACACAAGACACUGGCUUCGAACCUUCUCAGUAUUUUUUUUUAUAGUGUACUGAAAUCAAGCGAACACCGCCUGAUAUGAGGUAUUUUGGGAAGCUGACGUUUGUUUAUAUAACGGGCUAAUGUGCAUCAUCACCAAAUGGUCCUUUGAGAUGUUUGUGCCUUGUUCACAAGGGUAUCCUAUGGAUUUGCCAGUGGAGCAUUGUUUUCUGUUCACUCUUACACCACAGCAUCGAAAGAGCAAAACUGUCUCCAUUCAUCAUUUGCCAGACUCACACAAGCACACACACAAAGACAAGUAGAUUUAUAUGUGCAAAAGAUUUCCCAAUCCACAAAAACAUGCAAACAUGCUUGAAUGGGUACUUGAAUGGACAACACGAUGAUGACAAUGGGAGAAAUGUUAAAGGUAGGACUUUAAACCAUGGGUGCUUUUUCCACUCACCAUUGGAGAUCAUAAAGUAGAAUCCAGGUUUUAAAAAAUUACUUAUUCAUUUGAUUUAUUUAUAUAUUGUAUUAUAAACAUAAAAUUUGCCUCUUUUUUUAAAUUUUAGAGCUUUAUUAUAUCAUGAUUUGAGAUAAUAUUUUAUAUUAUGUUUGCUUCUGACCAGGCUGAGCUCCACACUGUGCCAGACAAGCAAAGGCAAAAAAAUCCAAAUCCAACUACAGUCACCAGAAGAAACAAAAAAACGAAAAUUUGGUCUGUUUUAAAAGAUUAUCGACACUUAUCUCUGUAGCACUUUGAAGUGAUGCAAUACUGUAUUUGUAAUCUUUGACUGAUUUGCACGUCAUGGCGAUGCUCAACUGACUAGACUGUGAAGAGAGAGAAAGAGAGAGAGAAAGAAAACAGCCAAUCAGUGAAAAAUGCAAUACUUUGUACACAUCUGUGUAAUCCAUACACAUCUGUCUGUCUGUACGCCUCUCUGUGUUAAGUGUCUUGUCUCGACUGUCUCUGGUCAAUGCUGUUCACUCAUAAUGCAAUAUCAAUCCUCAUAUAUAAAGCAAAACAAAUUUCCUUUGGUUUUAUUGUGGAAUGAAUGAUCUGUGCAUUUAUUUAUUACUGAAGCUUCACUGUUGAAUAAAUAAUGUUCUUAAUUAAA